CUUGACGAAACCCUCCGCGAAGUCCUGCUCGUCGCUGGCUGACUUCGGGUACAUGAACUGGGAGUUGGUGGAGGUGGUGACCAGACCGUUGGACUGGAUAAUAAGGCGCUCCAGGUCCGGAGAGCUGUGGACCAGAAGAAGACAGCCAGCCAGCGCAGACAAUCCUGGGAUUCCUGUUUGGGAUAAUUGUUCCCCUUAUUAUUCAUCUAUAACAAUUCCAGUCAUAGCAGCGGAGGAUUAUGGCCAAUAAGAAGAAAGUAGUAGUGACAGGGUUUGAGCCCUUUGGUGAGCAUGCAGUCAACUCCAGCUGGGUGGCAGUGCAGGAGCUGGAACGAUUAGGACUGGGUGAGGCUGUAGAUCUUCAUGUGUGUGAGAUUCCUGUUGAAUAUCAGGCUGUUCAGAACCUCCUGCCAUCUCUGUGGAAAGAGCAGCAGCCACAGUUAGUGGUCCACGUUGGUGUUUCUGGCUUGGCGACCACAGUCACUCUGGAGCAGUGUGGCCACAACAAGGGCUACAAGCGUCUGGACAACUGCAGCUUCUGCCCGGCCUCCCAGUGCUGCAUGGAGAACGGACCGGACUGCAUCAAAUCGGUGCUAGACAUGGACGCAGUCUGCAAAAGGGUCAACGACUCCGACAUCGGGAUCGCCGUGUCUGUAUCUAAAGAUGCUGGAAGGUACCUGUGCGACUACACCUACUACACGUCCCUGUACCUGCGCCAGGGCCACGCCGCCUUCGUCCAUGUGCCUCCGCUGGGGAAGCCCUACAGCAGCCAGGACCUGGGCCGAGGCCUGCAGGCCGUCAUACAGGAAAUGCUGAAGCUGCUGGAGGAGGAGGAGCACAAACACAACGAACACUGCAAUCAUUCGCAUUAACACCAGCAUCUAAUGACUGACUCACAGCCCGAGUGGACUCAAGAAUCAGCCACUGUUGAUUGGUUUAAUCAGUGCACAGCUGAGGAGAGCAAAUCAUUUUUGGUUUAGUCGUGUGGCUCAAAAAUGUCAAAAGCCUGUGAUUUACUGUGGACUGUCGGCUCCACAAAACAAUAGCACGAUUCUCAUAUCUGUUGUCGACUCUGCAAAGUUCGUCUGAACCAGGUGCUUUAAAAAAUAAGUCUUAAAAUCCUGAAGGUUGUGCAGGUCUGUUUUGAACAUUGACCCCGACUACAGCAUCUGUUUAACGUAGUCUGUGUAUCAGUGUGGGUUUCAGUGUGUUUCUAACAUGCAUGAGUAGUUGGUAUCAGUGAGUGUUUAUCCAGCCUCUGAUCUUCCUUAAGACUGUGAAAACCGAUGUCAACACAACAGCAUUCAUGGAUAUAUUAAUGUUGCAUCAUGUAAAAAUGACGUGGGGGUUUAUGCGACUGUAUGAAUAUGUAGAGUAGCACUAACGAGGUAGUAGUCGUAACUACAACUUGUGUACUGUGUGCACUUUCACAGCUAGACUAACCUGCAGUACAGUAACUUUUUAAGCCACAUCUUAAGUCUGUCUUCAACCUGUUUCCAAGUACUUCUAAAUAUGCCGUCACUCCCUUGUGUUGCUUGUAUUUGAACCAGAGAAAUGUGAUCUUAAAAUGACGAAAACCUGAAAAAAAAAAUGUGUUUAUCUCAGGGAAUAUAUUGCACAUGCAAUCAGUAUGAUGUAAUCUGGUAAUUUUGAUGUGUUUGUCUUCUGUGUGUAGGUUUGCAAAGCAGAGCCAACGUAACACUGUGUAUAAUUAAAGCACUUCACACAGG